AUGCUUGCAAGGACCUCGUUCCUCCUCGCCCUCGCCCUCUUCGCCUUCCCGCAGCUCUUUCUCCACGCCAAUGUUCCGUCCCGGCACCCGCGUCUCGCACGGCGCUGCGCGCUGCGAAGGGUGGGCUUUGCCAAAACCCAGGUGUCGCCGGAAGAGGUGGAGCCCUUGAGGGACUUGGGGCUUCAGCUGCUGGAGGCCGAGGAGUUGGGCGAGAACGGCUUUCGGAGCCUAGGACAGCACCGCUUCGCUGGGGUCUGUGGGCUGAACAGCGCCUUCCCGCGCUCCAUGGCCUGGCACUGGGCCGCGGAGGAGCGGAGCCUGGCUCUCUUCGCCAACUUGGCGCAAGAGCUGCGGCCGGCCAUCGGCGCCGGAGGCGGCAACUUCCAGCUCAUUGCCGCUGGCUUCAUCUCGGCCACCGGCUGCGGGCCCACGGAGAGCCGAUUCCACCGGGACUUUGGCGUCCCGAGCAUCCCGGAGGGGAGCACAGUGACAGCGCUGCUACCCAUGUUCCCGCAGCACUUUCCUGAGGAGGGGCAUUUGGAGUACAUGCCUUGGGACACAGGUGAAGUCACCAUCCACCACUACCAGGCCUAUGAGUUCGCCCUGUUGGACGGGCGAUUAGAUCACCGCACCCAGCCCUUCAGACCCGAUGCCUUCCAGCGAGGCCUACGGCUUCUUCUCACGAUGUACUUUGCAGACCUCGGCACCUGGGACACCAUGUCUCUUCAACAAGUCCUGCUGAGUCAGGGCGCCCCCGUGUUGCCACCCCUGGUUCGCUCCUCUGCGGACGCGUCCGUCGACGUCUUCGAGGUUGGCCAAGAGGUCUUCGGCCUGACCCACGACGGGUGGUACCCGGCAACGGUGCAAGAGGUGCUACCAGGAGGCCGAUACCUACUGGAGUGGUUCUACCUCGACGGCACAGAGGACUCCUUUGAAUACAUCCGCACGGCCGACCAGCUGCGAGCGGCCGAGGAUGACUUCGAAUGA